GGUCAGUCUCGUCAUUUCAACUGGGAAUAGUUUUUUGAGUCUUCUAUAUUUGCUGUCAAUUUAACCCCUUUUUGUUGCACUGUAUAGAAAAUGAAUCAUUAUAGUGUAGGCUUAUUCUCCAAUCAUACAGUAAGACUUCAUAGAGACUUCAUACAGAGUUCAUACAGACUUCAUAGAGACUUCAUAGAGACUUCGUACAUGCUUCAUACAGACUAGACUUAAGGGCACCUACGAGUCCAGGUUGUGUUGCUGAAAGUUACCUAGUGAGAUUUUAAUACAGACGAUAUUUACCCAAACUUUUGGUGCAAGACUCAAUGCUAAAUCUGAACAUGUUGUACAUUGCAGCUUGCAAGUGUUGUGUUGUACUAUUGUUGCUUUGCGUUGCAAACGUCCUGUGCUAUCAAUUAAAUGUGGACCGGAGAACAGCCCUGCAGACUGGUGAAGAUAGAAAUGAAACCAAUAACGAUACGUAUCUUACUGAAGCUGGUCAAGUGAAAGACACUGUAUGCAAAGAUUCCCAGUUGACCGUCCAAGCCAGCCAACUACUGGAGUGUGUACUCACUUCCUGGACGUUUGAGUGCGAUUCAUCCGAACUGACCGGCUUUGUGAUCACUUAUCACUUCAACGGGAGCCAGUGUGGGCAAACCCAGCUGCUGGAGCCAAGGCUGAGAAGGCUCGAGGUGUCGAUGGAGGGCAGAGAGCUACCCUCCAAGGUCUGCGUGCAUGCCAUGAGCAAAGGAGGCGAAAUCAAGUAUGAGUGUGGCGUUCCCUAUGUCGAAAAUGUCGCAGUAUUAGUUUGUAUUGGGGUAGCCAUUCUAUUUGCAAGUCUUAGUGUUCCACUCAUGCUCUGCAUUUGUUGUAGCGAUGAUAGUUAUGGUCUCCUUGAAAUGCAUGACCUAAUAUUGGAAAAAGAAAUGGAGAGGCAUGUCUUAGACAAGAUCUAUGCAGGCAAGACAGGCGAUGUUGGCCUGAUAAAAGCAAUGAAGAAGUAUGUCUUAGACAAGAUCAAAGCAGGCAAGACAUGCGACGCUGGCCUGAUAAAAGCAAUGGAGAUGUAUGUUAUAGACAUGACCAAAGCAGGCAAGGCAUACGAUGUUGGUCUGAAAGAAGCAUUAGAGAUGUAUGUUAUAGACAUGAACAAGACGCGCGCUGGCCUGAACAAUCCUAAUGGUCACGACACUGCUUUGUAUUCACAUGACCAGAGCGAUAAAAGUCAUGACGGGAAAGAUGUUCUCAGACGUGCUGAUCAAAUAAAAGAAAACUGUCACCCUGUUGCAUCUUCUUUGAAUGGCCAUGGGGUUCUCAAAGUUGAAGAAUCUUCUCAACAAGUGGAGGCUGCUACUAUGAAUCAAGAAGUAGCCACUACAGAGUACGGCCAAGAAAAACGUAUUGCAGAUAAUCGCCCUGGUCAAGACAUAGACGAAUCAUCAAAAAAGGCAGACGUAAACAUCACACGAUUGUAAACCAGGGAAUAGUCCAUCAUCUAAACUUGACGACUAUUUUAGAAAUUUGACGUUGACGUUGCGUCACACUCAGACCGCUUCCAUAUUUUAUAUUUUACUUUCUCUUGUUUUGUAUUGAGUCUAUUAAUCAAGCAUUAUGUAAAACACAUUAUCCUCCAAGAAGGUUGGUGUUAUUGAUAUUCAUGUAUAAUAUUUACUCCACAUAAUAAAUAUUGUUUUAUGGUUCAAUGAAAAAUGAAGCUUAAAGCUGUGCUGUAGUAAGGAGAGUGCAAUUUUUAUCCAAAGUGUAUAUUUAGCAUUAUCAACAAUUAUUACAUGAUUACCAGCUAGUAUUACCUAGUAAUAUGUAUAUACAUAAAUAUAAUGAUGUUUUUUUUUUCUAUAUCAAAAUCUUUAUAGUACCACAAUUUAUUUUUCUACAAGAAAUGAUAUGAAACAGUAAAAAGAGCGAGUAACUUAUAAAUAAUUUCAUUUAUUGUAUUCCUGAGAUGAACUCUAAUUGGUGGCAAGACUGGAAGGAUCAGUCCUCCCGUAGAGCCUUGGCGAGAAACUCUGCUGCUAGGCGUAGUGCCUUUAAGCUCCCAUACAGUUAUUCAUUGUAUUCAGAAAUAUGCAGCACCCAUUUUUCACUUUUUAGAGGCACGAACAUUCGGAUGCAGUAUAUAUUCACACUGCAAGUCACAACGGGAAAAAAGUGUGAAUCAGAUUAAUUCUUUUCACAUCUACUGAAGCUUUGUCGAUGCUUGAUACAUCAUCAAAAAAGCACGCAGAUAUCAAGAUGUCUAUGUUAUCAGGAAACAAAACAACAAUAUUUUACAUAAGAUUUAGAGAAUCUUAAAAAGACAAACUUUUUCAAAAUAAAGUGCCGCUUAGAUUCGGUAGAAAACUUUUUUUUUUGCAAAAAGUAGAGUAAACUCUUGAAGUCGGGUUCAGAAACUCAAUACUCGAGAAUUUAGGCACACUUUAUUAAUAUUUUUUAUUUUUAUACAAAGAAAAAAAAAUUGUAUUAUUCAAUGUUGUUUUUUUUUUACAUUUUUUUCAAAGUGAUUUCAGAGUUUUCUUUUGUUAUGUUUUUUUUCUAAAAUAAAUACAGCACACCAAA